GUCCCAGGGGUUUCAGCACUGUGUCCCUAUCCUUCAGGAUAUUCCAUCCCACUCUGCAGCUAAGGACACACUGCUGUGUUGUAGGCAUUCAGCAGGAAUCUGGUGAAGAGACAGGACCGUACAUAGUGCUGCUGCUGGAAAGUUGCUCUAGUACAGGAUACGCUUACAUCAGUCUGUGGACCACAGAGGAGGUGCUGCAUUAACUACUGGAAACUCACAACACUUUAUUUAUUGUUGCUGGUGUGUUAGCAGCUACUUACCUGACAGUUGUGGGAUUUUGGACAGAACUAGGAUUGCUCAGACAUGUUAAGCUGUGUCACGGUGGCCAUGCUGUGUCUGCUACUUGGAUGCCUGAUGCUAACAGGACACAGCUCUGGUUCCAAGAUUGCAACAGUGUUGAAUGUAAAAGCAAAGGAGUUGAUUGUACAAGCAGGACAGCCAAUCAACCUUUCAUGCAGUGGUGAUCAAAUGCUUUCCUGGAAAUUCCCAGCAGCCUCGAGGAAAGAAAGUAACAGGUUCCAUAUGAUGGGGAAUGUGUGUCAUGGAGGCGUUGAUGUCCUGUGCCAAAUGAAUUUAACUCUGUACAAAGCACAGAUCAGUGACACUGGAUUCUAUAGAUGCCAGUACAAGCACCUCACCUUAUCCAAGAAAACCUCUGCAGUCUACAUAUAUGUUACAGAACAAAACAGUGCUUUUGUAGAUAUGGAAAUGAAACAACCACAAGUAAUUACCAUAAACGAUGGAGAGAAGUUAGUUAUCCCUUGUCGGGUUACAUCCCCCAACAUCACAGUCACAUUAAAACAGAACAAUCGGAAUGUAUUGAAUAAACCUGGUGCCAGGUCUGCUGUCUGGGAUAGUAAAAAAGGCUUCAUCAUCCGAAAACCAUACCCCAAUUUUUUUGGCCUCUUGAUUUGUGAGGCUAAGGUAAAUGGAGCCACCCACACUAGGACCUAUUAUACAUUCAAACAAUCCACUGCAAUUCAUAGUGUUCAACUUAGCGUACCAAGUUCCAUCAAAGUGCUUCGUGGCAAGACUCUGUCUAUUAACUGCAAUGCAACUACUGAGCUGAAUACUAGAGCUGAAAUUCAGUGGACAUACCCUGCUUCAAAAUAUGGAAAACUUGCUUCUUUUGUGAGGCGGAUAUCCCUUUCCGAUUCCCAAGCCAUAAGUCACAGCAUGAUGGUUAUUCCAAACGUAGAAACAGUUGACCAGGGAACAUACGUCUGUACUGUAAAGAAUGGACCAACAACCAAAUCUAUUAACACUACAGUUCGGGUUUAUGCUGAAGCAUUUAUUAAUGUGAAACCCAUAAAGACAGGUUUAUUAGAAGCUGUAGUGGGACAGAAGUCUUUUCGUAUUGCAGUCAAAGUGCGAGCUUUUCCUCCUCCCGAAAUAACAUGGUUGAAGAACAAUUUAUUAGCAGCAGAUAAAUGUGCACGGUACCUUAUCCAUGGCAAUAGCCUAACCAUUAAAAAUGUAGCUGAAGAAGAUGCAGGGGAUUACUCGGUGGUUCUGCGACUAAAGCAAUGGAACCUGAUCAAAAACGUAACCAUGACCCUCAAAGUGAAUGUGAAGCCUCGCAUUUAUGAAAAAUCAACAUCAAUUCAAGAACCAGAUCCACGUUUCCUAGGCAGCAGGCAAACACUGAAAUGCACAGUGUAUGGUGUUCCACCACCUACCAUAACUUGGACCUGGCAUCCAUGUCCGAGAAACUAUUCUAGGUCAAGGUGUGAUCUCCAACCUGAAAAUGCUGUCCCUGCAAUCGUAGGGAAAUAUAACAGUAGUAUAGACAACAAGGUUUACAGUAUCACAGAACGGGUCUACACAAUUCAAGGAAGAAACAAGACUGCAGGCAUUCUUAUUAUAGACGAUGCUACAACAUCUGGUGUUUACAGCUGCAUUGCAUCCAAUAAAAUAGGAACAGAGAGAAGAGAUAUAAGCUUUUUGGUUUCAGAUGUACUAAAUGGAUUUAACAUAACCUUGGACAAGGUACCAAAAGAAGGUGAAAACAUGACAUUAACUUGCUCAGUUAACAAAUACUUGUACACCAACAUAACCUGGAUUCUGCGCAAGCAAGUUGGGAAUCGUACAAUUAACCACAGCAUCAGCAAACAAAGAAGUGCUUCAACAACAGAAUACUCAACCAUUCUAACAGCGACUGUCCAUAAUGCCACCCAGGCUGACUCAGGGGUGUAUGAGUGCAGAGCCACAAACACAUACAGUGGAGACAUAGUUUCACAAAGCAAAAAAAUUAUUAUCACAGGAGAGCAUCUGGCUAGAAGAACACAUUUUUCACGGACCUCAAAACAAAGAAGAAAACAUUAUGCAACAGAAAGCAGAGGUGCCCACUAAGAUGACUCUAAUCAUCGUUAUGAAAGAUUGUGAUUUUAAAAAUGAAGGUACUGAAUAUGCUUCCAGAAAGGAAUUGAGAUGUCUUGCUCGACUACAUUCUCAUACUAACUCUAUUGUAUAGGAAGCUAUCAAUCUUCCAGAGAUACACUAGUCCAAAGUUGGAGGAUAAGGUCUCCAAAGACUAAUCUUCAAAUUCUUCAAGCUAUAAGUGUACCCAGGAUUCUCUGAAUAUUCUUGGCAUGUAUCUCAAUAUAUUGUAUCUGAGUACAUUAGUAAGGAGCAUGCCAUUCUUUUAAUCUAGUUGUAUGCAGUGCAUCUAGAUUUAAGGGAACCAGGUCCACUGGACAGAUAAAUGGUCAAUGCUGCAGACAUACACAAUCUAUACUAAGAUAGAACAAAUGAAAGGUUAAGUCAUAUUUAAAAACGUUGGAGAUCUGUAAGACAUACUAUAUAAUUCAUUAACGAUCAAAGUUGUGCAAAAGUGUAAAAUGAAUGAAGCAAAUGUAGCUUAAAGUGCACCUAUGCCCAGGGUAUGGACAUUAAAUUAUUUGUAUAUUCAUUACAAGCUACAUCACUUUAAAACAACCCCUCAGCUGCUUGUAAAGUGAAGCCAUUCCUUCUUAAAGAUGCUCAAAGUUCACAACUCUAGAUUUCUGUUUAGAUCUGUUUCUAAAGACCCAUAAACACUAUCAGUUUUCCUGCAGGUUUUUCUCUUCAGAUUUACCAAAACCAUCUAAUAUGAGGUCAAACC